UCCAUAACUCCUCUUGGUUCUCCCCCAAGACUUCCCUGAGUUGAAAAUACGCUCCACUUCCCUCGCUUUUCCUGUUUCUAUUUUCCCUCGCUUUCUCUGCAACCUGCCAAAACGACAGCCAUGAACAGAAACGCCAACACCAGAAAGCGGCCACCGCCGACAUCACAACCGCCCCAACAGCCGCCAGCAGCGAAGCAGCAAGUAACUACACCUACCGUGGAUGAAGACUUCGUGGACGAGGAUGUCUUCCUUGAUGAAGCCCUCAUUGCCGAAGACGAGGAGAACCUCAUCCUCCAGGACCUCAAGCAGCGCCAGGCCCUGACUUCUCGUCUCUCCAAGUGGGCCCGCCCGGCCCUGUCUCACGGCUACUUGGCGCAAUCUCAGAGCAUCAUAUUUCAGCAAUUGGAGAUUGAUUAUGUAAUUGGAGACAGUCACAAGGAACUGCUGCCUGAUAGGUCAGGGUUAGCAGCUAUUAUCAGAAUUUUUGGUGUCACAAGGGAAGGACAUAGUGUUUGCUGCAAUGUACAUGGGUUUGAGCCAUAUUUUUACAUUACUUGCCCUCCUGGAAUGGGUCCUGAUGACAUCUCCCGCUUUCAACAAGUUCUUGAGGGGAGGAUGAGAGAGGCAAACCGGAACAGUAGAGUUCCCAAAUUUGUCAGCCGAAUAGAAAUGGUGCAAAAGAGGAGCAUUAUGUAUUACCAGCAACAGCCUUCAUAUCCAUUUCUGAAGAUUGUAGUCGCAUUACCAACAAUGGUGACGAGUUGUCGCGGCAUUCUUGACAAAGGCAUACACAUUGAUGGCCUUGGUAUGAAGAGCUUCAUUACAUAUGAAAGCAAUGUUCUUUUUGCUCUCCGCUUCAUGAUUGAUUCCAACGUUGUUGGUGGAAAUUGGAUUGAAGUACCUGCUGGAAAAUAUAAGAAGACGUCAAAGAACCUGUCCUAUUGCCAAUUAGAGUUUGAUUGCUUGUAUUCAGAAUUAAUCAGCCAUGCCCCUGAAGGGGAAUUCUCAAAAAUGGCUCCUUUUCGGAUUUUGAGUUUUGAUAUUGAGUGUGCUGGCCGUAAAGGUCAUUUUCCUGAGCCUACCCAUGAUCCUGUUAUUCAAGUUGCCAAUCUAGUCACUUUGCAGGGUGAGGACCAACCGUUUAUUCGUAAUGUAAUGACCUUAAACUCAUGCUCUCCAAUAGUUGGUGCGGAUGUGAUGUCAUUUGAUACGGAGAGAGAUGUUCUGCUGGCUUGGAGGGAUCUUAUCCGCGAAGUGGACCCAGAUAUCAUAAUUGGAUAUAAUAUCUGCAAGUUUGACUUGCCAUAUCUCAUUGAGAGAGCUGAAACUUUGGGAAUAUCAGAAUUUCCUAUACUGGGUCGUAUAAGGAAUAGCAGAGUUCGGGUCAAGGAUACAACUUUUUCAUCAAGACAGUAUGGAACAAGGGAAAGUAAAGAAGUUACAUUGGAAGGGAGAGUUCAGUUUGAUUUGCUUCAGGCAAUGCAACGGGAUUAUAAAUUAAGUUCUUACUCCUUAAAUUCUGUCUCAGCACACUUUCUUUCUGAGCAGAAAGAGGAUGUCCACCAUUCGAUAAUAUCUGAUCUUCAGAAUGGGAAUGCAGAAACUAGGAGGCGGCUUGCAGUAUAUUGUUUGAAGGAUGCUUAUCUCCCACAACGGCUCUUAGACAAGCUGAUGUACAUUUAUAACUAUGUGGAAAUGGCUCGUGUUACAGGCGUCCCAAUAUCUUUCCUUCUUUCAAGGGGACAAAGUAUUAAGGUACUCUCUCAACUCUUGAGGAAGGCCAAACAAAAAAACCUUGUUAUUCCAAAUGUCAAACAGGCAGGAUCUGAACAGGGAACAUAUGAAGGCGCCACUGUUUUGGAGGCAAGAGCUGGAUUCUAUGAAAAGCCAAUUGCUACACUAGAUUUUGCCUCUCUGUAUCCUUCAAUAAUGAUGGCAUAUAAUCUAUGUUAUUGCACUCUGGUUACUCCUGAUGACUUCCGCAAACUCAACCUCCCACCUGAAUGUGUCAACAAAACUCCAUCUGGUGAGACAUUUGUCAAAUCAAAUUUGCAAAAGGGAAUUCUUCCUGAAAUUCUUGAAGAACUAUUAGCUGCUCGAAGAAGAGCAAAAGCAGAUUUGAAGGAAGCCAAGGAUCCACUUGAGAAGGCUGUUCUAGACGGUCGACAACUGGCCCUGAAGGUAAGUGCAAAUUCAGUAUAUGGAUUUACAGGAGCUACAAUUGGCCAAUUACCAUGUUUAGAGAUAUCCUCGAGUGUUACAAGCUAUGGUCGACAAAUGAUUGAACACACCAAAAAACUCGUGGAAGACAAAUUUACCAUAAUAGGGGGCUACGAACACAAUGCUGAGGUUAUAUAUGGGGACACAGAUUCGGUUAUGGUACAAUUUGGGGUGCCUACUGUCGAAGAAGCAAUGAAGUUGGGAAGAGAAGCUGCUGAAUACAUAAGUGGAACUUUCAUAAAACCCAUCAAGCUAGAAUUUGAAAAGGUUUAUUUUCCAUAUCUGUUGAUUAGCAAGAAGAGAUAUGCUGGUCUAUACUGGACAAAUCCAAACAAAUUUGACAAAAUGGACACCAAAGGCAUUGAAACAGUUAGAAGAGAUAACUGUUUAUUGGUCAAGAACCUCGUGAAUGAGUGCCUUCACAAGAUAUUAAUUGACAGAGAUGUCCCUGGUGCAGUUCAAUAUGUCAAGAACACUAUUUCUGAUCUUCUCAUGAACCGUAUGGAUUUGUCACUUCUGGUUAUUACUAAGGGUCUAACAAAGACUGGAGAUGAUUACGAAGUUAAGGCAGCUCAUGUAGAACUUGCUGAACGAAUGCGCAAGAGAGAUGCUGCCACUGCUCCAAAUGUUGGGGAUCGAGUACCCUAUGUCAUUAUAAAAGCUGCAAAAGGUGCUAAGGCUUACGAGAGAUCAGAGGAUCCGAUCUAUGUUCUGGAAAAUAACAUACCAAUAGAUCCUCAAUAUUAUCUUGAAAACCAAAUUAGCAAGCCUCUUUUAAGAAUUUUCGAGCCUAUUUUGAAGAAUGCCAGCAAGGAACUACUUCAUGGCAGUCAUACAAGAUCUAUUUCCAUCUCCACUCCUUCAACUGGUGGCAUUAUGAAGUUUGCUAAGAAACAACUCAGUUGCAUUGGCUGCAAAGCCCUAAUAAGCAAUUCGGAUCGAACUCUCUGCUCGCACUGCAAAGGAAGAGAAGCAGAGCUAUACUGCAAAACAGUUUCUCAAGUGUCUGAGCUAGAGUUGCUUUUUGGGAGGCUGUGGACUCAGUGCCAAGAGUGCCAAGGCUCACUUCAUCAGGAUGUUCUUUGCACAAGUCGGGAUUGCCCAAUAUUUUAUCGAAGAAAAAAGGCACAGAAAGACAUGGCAGAAGCCAAGAGGCAGUUGGAUAGGUGGAAUUUUUAAUGCAAUAACAAGGUUAAAAAAAAUCAACAUCCGCACGUCAAAGCAACUUUCAAUGGUUCAUGGUCCAAAUGAACUGACAGAUUGGUUUGCUAUCACGAGAUGUUUAAGGCAGAAAUUCUAUUGAGACAUGAAGCAUAAAAAGACAAUUUCAUAUGAUUGGCCUUCCUUUUCGCCACCAAGAAGCAGGAUUUUGCAGCGUAAAUUUCAAAUUGGCUAGAUAAGGGAGGAAAAUGUCUGAUGAGAUUUCUGCGUUUGCUUUUGAUAGUUGGGAAAUCCAACUUGCGGAUAAGCGUAUGAUGAUUGCAACCCGUCCUGGUGCUGUUUAUUCGCUUCUUCUUUGUUCUGAUUUUUAUGCCCUCAUGAUAGUUUUGAUGUGUAGAAAUGGUAGGGUCUGUGAGGUCUUGUAAUUAUCUUUUUCAAAGUUAAUCAAGAGAGCAAGUCUUUGCUAGGGUGAUCAGUAGUGAAAGCAAUACAUUGAGAGAGUUAUUAUUAACAGAAUUUUCAAGUUCAAACUUUCUUUGGUUUAGACAUACGCUGUAUGCCUGAUAGUUUAUUUAAGUCACAUAUGUGAAUGAAAUAUAUAGCAGCAUUCCUACUUCA